AUGCUCGUGGCCCGCGUCGCCGCCCAGCCCAUGAGGGGAUCGCUCGACUUCUCCCAGGCGACCUUCUGGAGGUACUACACCGGCGGCGUGGACCGGCUGGCGUGGGAGGCCGUCCGCAGCUACCACCACCGAUUCGGGUGCACCGCGGGCUGGAAGCAGGUCACCAUUACCGUCUACGAUUUCGAUUCGUGUUCUGGCAACGACUUCAUUGGAAAAGUGACAGUGCCGCUGCACGAGACCGAGGGUGAGGUCACGAUGCGCUUGGAGGGGGCGACUGGCAAGCAGCGCCCCACCGCGGCGGCGGGGCGCGCCGCGGGCACCGCCGUCUGCGCCGGCCUGGCCGCGAGGGCGCUGUCGCGGGGGCGGCUGCGGGCGAUGAGCGGACGCAGCGGGGCCGCCCAGGCUGGCGUGGCCUGGGGCUCCCGCUACCAGCAGGAAGUGGCCGUGAUGGUCCACGUCGUCCAGUCCGCAGUGCAGCUAUGCUCGGAGGGGGGCCAGCUGAUCGAGGUGACCGCCGCGCCCUCGCAGGGCAAGAAGAUGGACGAGCGCGACGUGGUCGCCGGGCUGUCCUGCCUCAAGCCAGGCGACUCGACGCCGGUGACCGCGGCGGACCUCGCCGUCCAAGCCCUCGCCUUCGAGGCCGUGCGGGCGGAGUUCCCCGAGGACGCCCUGGUGGGCGAGGAGGACUCCAGCCACUUGCGGGAGGACCCCGCGCUCUGCGAGCUGGCCUUCGGCCUCUACGCGCAGCGUGGCGGCGGCCUGGGCCGCGACGCGUUCCUGGAGGCAGUGGACGCCGGGCGCGGCCCCGCCGCCGGCGAAGGGCGGGUGUGGGUCAUAGACCCCGUGGACGGCACAAAGGGCCUCAUGACGGGCCGGGGCUACGCCAUCUCGAAGAAGAAACAAGUGCAAAAAACACAAAUGUUGGGUGCUCCGCGCGGGUUUCUCGGAUCGACGCUGCGCGCCCCUGGCACCCUCCGCGCGCCAGGCAGCCAGGGAGGGGGUCCAGCGCCGAUUCAAGGAGUCAUUGUGGAGUUCCGAUGGUUUGUGUGUUGUGCAGUUUUUUGUUCCUCGGGCCGUUGGCCUGGCUCUGCUCGUGGACGGGGAGCCCGUGGUGGGGGCCCUGGGGGUGCCGAACAGCCACAGCCUGUGCCCGGGCUGCCCUCCCUUGCUCGUCGCCGUGCGGGGCUGCGGCACGCGCUGGUGGCCAGCCUCGGGCAGCGGGCCGCUGGAGCACCGGCCCGCCCGCCCGACGUGGGCGCCGGAGGGCGCGCCCGAGGGCGGCGCGCCCGGCGCGGCGCCGUGGGCGCUGUCGCCGCAGUCGGCGUGGCCGUCCUGUGCCCCCUUUGGAGCGGCGUGCCCUCCGACCGAGGUCUGCUGCGGGUCGCUGGUCAAGUACUUCGCGGUGGCGAUGGGGCACGUGGCUGGCUUCGUGCAGUGCGAGGAGAACAUGAUGACCUGGGACCACGCGAGCGGCGUUGUGUGCGUGGUGGAGUCGGGAGGGUCGGUGAGCGACGCGCAUCGCCAACGCGUCUGGUUCCCUGGGCGUUCUUUCGGGGUUGCCGGCGGCAUCGUGUGCGUGUCCCCGUGGUCGACCCCGCACAUGCGCGAGCAGCUCUUGCUGGCCGCCCAGGCGAACAUGAAGCCUUGACUACACUAUUGCUACAUACGGUGUUUCCACAGUUCCUCGACGCCGAGUACCACCUUGCAGCAGACGUGGCGGCAGUGAUCCAGCGAGGCACCCUGACGCAAAGCUAGGACCGCACUGCUCCAGCGUGGCUGAGCAGCGCCCAGACCGCUCUCCGGGAGGAGGUCACCCGCACGGGCAUCGUUUCUCGUUGGCCGACUGCGGACGGGAGCGCCCCGUGGCCCCCUCCUGGCCGCGAGCCCCGGAGGCUCGUGGCGCUGCAGGCUCUGGGGACGGACCUGUGGCCUCCAUGGUCCGGGCCGGACGAAAGAGAGGGGGGGGGCACCCCUCCGGCCCCGCUCCGGUCCCGACUCCGAUCUGGUCCCGACUCCGUGCCGAUGCGGCUGGAUCCGACUCGCGUCCCGACCUCGUCCGAUCUCCUGAUGCGAGGCUGACCGAUCCUGCCGCAGGGGCGGUGGGGGCCGCGCCCCGACGAGCACGGCACCGCGCCAUCCGCCCACCUGCCGGUGCCUGGUAUCGCUCGCGUUAAUUGGCAGAACAGCAGCCGUGUGUCGAAGUGUUCUCCACUGUCCGUUCUCUCCUGGUGGGAUGUUCGAAGUCCUGGUCAGCAGCGCCCUGCUUCAGGGGGCCCUGGCAGACGGAUACGGGGCAGCCUUGCGCAGAUGCUCCGCGCGGGACGUAUCCGUCGGGAUGCACGUCCAUGGGAUCGCGCUGUGGUAUGCAGACCGCGAGGUCAUGAAUAUGGACAUGCUCGUCGCUCGUGCUCAGCAAGUGCGAUCGCGUACGCCGCCGCGGAGUUACCAAAAG